AUGGUCGAGGAGGCGCCACCACCCGGCAGUUCGGUAGCAGCUCAGAAGGCUUCUCCACCCAAACGCUCGCGGGCUGACUCAGAUAGCUCAGCAUCCGUCGACUCUACGCGAUCUGUACGGACGCUGGCUCCAGAUGAUCUCGAGUACGUCUUUGAGAAUGGCCGUACUUAUGGCAAUGACACAUAUUACAUGCCUGGGAUAGACAUGCCCAACAAUGAUUUCAGGGCGCAAGAUUACCUAGCGAUACACAUCCAAGUCUUCGUGCGCGCACUUCAAGGGAAGACUGACAACCCACACGUUUGCUGCCGUCGACAAGAAGGAUCCCUGGAUCUUGGUACUGGGCCUGGACAUUGGGCUGUCGACAUGUCUCGUCAGUACAACGCGGAGGUCGUUGGCAUCGAUAUGACUGAAUGGGACUUGGACGCCCACCGAAGGAUGAUUUGGGAACUGGACGACCUGGAUGUAUGGGCGAGGGAACCUGACAUCGAAGACCUGACGGCGCAACUGGGACAGUUCGACUUUUUCACAGAGCCGUUCAACCGCAAUCCGAUUGAUCCAUCGUCGCGGACCGAACCAGCUGCUGAUCUCGGCACGCUUCAGGACACGGCACACACUUCUGUCGAAUCUCUACUAAACCUGGUUACUCGCCCAGAGCCAGGGUGGCAUUUCAGCGAUGCGUACGAGUUCAUUCAUCUAAGGAAUAUGAAGGGCGCGUUCACGCACUGGGAGGAAGUCUAUGCCGAGAUUUACAAGAGUCUAUCGCCAGGCGGAUGGGUCGAGAUUGCAGAUUGGGAUCUUGGCCAGGUACCUCCCUUGUCUUCGCCAACAACUGGUACGCCCUCGGUGCUCCCAUUGCCGACCCUUCGCAAAAUCUAUGCGGCUGGGAUAGAGGCGUCUUUCAAAUCUGGCAGACCCCUGGGGACCUUCUACAUGCACCCCUCUUACCUCGAAGAAGCUGGAUUCACAGACAUUCAGACGACGCAUGUCAAUGUUCCAGUCGGGCAGUGGCAUCAAGAUGAAGCGCAAAAGUCGAUUGGAAAGCUAAUGCUAGUCGUGGUCAUGGAGACUUUUGAACUGGGACUGCCGCGUUUGUUGACCAAGUGGGGAGACAAGGAGAAAGUAUGGACUAUUGAGGAGAUUCAGGAAGCGCUGGAGCUUGCGCGACAGGAGAUUUUGGACUGGAGUGAAAAGGCAGAGAAGGGCGAAGUGGAGGGCUGGUGUGCGAGCUUGAAGUGGAUCACUGGGAGGAAGAGCUGGCAUGCUUCCUUGGUGCCGCUGCGCGGUUCCGGCAGGAUAUAUUCUGGUAUGCUUCCUAACUCUGGACCACGUGAGACUGAGCCAAUUGACGAGAAGGCGCAGCUCCAAUUCUUCGCCCAACCUUUCCACCGCAUGUUCUUCCUCGACAACCUGUCCAUAUCCUACCCCCAUGCCGAAGUCGAGCGCGUCUCCGUGUUAUGGCUCUUCAUCUACGCCGGCGCCCUCCCCCUCACCACCCUCAUCCUCUGGGCCCUCCUCCUGCGCCCCUCGCCGCACAAAGCGCACGUCACCCUCCUCGGCUGGCUCGUCUCCAUGCUCCUGACCCUCUUCAUAACCGACGUGAUCAAAAACGCCGUCGGCCGCCCUCGCCCCGACCUCAUCGCGCGCUGCAAACCCGCCCCCGGCACGCCCGCCCACACCCUUGUUACCUGGGAAGUCUGCACCGAGACGAACCACCACGUGCUGCACGACGGGUGGCGCAGCUUCCCCAGCGGGCACUCCAGCUUCAGUUUCGCCGGCCUCGGAUACCUGAGUCUGUGGAUCGCGGGGCAGUGCCAUGUUUACCGGCCCCGGGCUGACCUCGCGCGCGUGCUGGUGGCAUUGGCGCCGCUGCUGGGCGCGGCACUGAUUGCGAUAUCCAGGUGUGAGGAUUAUAGACAUGAUGUGUGGGAUGUUAGUGUGGGUAGUUUGUUGGGGCUGGGCGUUGCGCAUGCGACCUAUCGCAGGUAUUAUCCGGGUUUGGGGAGUAGGGGGUGUGCGGAGCCGUACAAGAAUCCGGCGGAUGAGGGGGGCAAGGGGUGGAAGAGGGUUGAGGACGAAGAGGUGGCGAGGGGCGUGGGGGAGUUUGAGUUGGAGGAAUUUAGUGAGGAGGAGGAUGGGGGUAGGGGGCGGCGGUGA